AUUUAGCCAAAUAAAUUAAAGAGUAACGAUUAAUUUGGAUCACAAAUUGUGAUUCACAAUGAGAAACUUUUUAUAAUUGUAUUUUAAUCAACAAUAAUUGAUGUUUAAUGUAUGGAUAAAUCAUGAUCUUAUAUUAUUACUACUCAAAUUAUUCGUAAUUCUAAAAACAUCAAGUGUUCAAAAACCUGCGACAACCAAGGUUUUUGAUGUUACAAAAAUUCCAAAAUCUAUCGAUAUUAAAUUACAAACAAUCAAAACAUCGAAUAAGAAAAUUCAUCAUGCAUCACAUUGCCUGAAACAAUGUACUGAUCAGCAAAUAUAAUCUAGGGUCACAUCACGUGCAGUAGUGUUUUACUAUUGUACUUUUGUGAUCAUUAUAUGAAAAUCAAAUUUUGACAGCUGUCAAAUUAAAAAUUUUUAAACAAAUAAAAGAUUU